AUGCUGUUGAUUGCUAAUAAGGAGGAACCUCACUGCAAGGCCCCACCGACUCUCUCUUCACACUUUCAAUGCUUCAAACCGACUCUCUUCCCCCGCUCGUCUGCUGCACGUCAGCGGAUCAUGAAGAAAGGGAUUUGCGAUCCCAGAGGAGACAGAUGCAGAGACUUCGCUCGGCCGCGUCAAGAGAGAGCCGCCCACCAAGCUGCGGCAAUGGCAUCUGUCCCUGACGGAAACGAUAAGGAUCCGCAUCCGUCUGCAUACGAGUCAACGAUUGUGUCCGUACUUUUGAUCAACUACUGCGUCCGAGCCGGUCACAUGUUCCGCAUCGCGCGGAACUUUUUCAGUCAUCCCUGUGAACUCGAGCAAUCGGGACUGCUGUACCAUGACGGGACGCAUCCAAGGCAGGCCCAGGAGCCCGGGGCCAGGGAUGGGGGACGGACGCCCAUGCUCGAUGGGCACGAUGCCACGACCCGCAGCUUCUGGCCGUGUUUUCUCACCGGUUUCCUCCGAACCGUGGUAACUAACCCCUGCACGCUGGCGCUUCUGAGGGGCGGCUUACAGCGUACAAUGUACAUACGUAGCAAUCAAUGUCCCGGCAGCAAUGGCGCCAUUGCGUUCGAGUCCAACGCCUCGAUUUUGUACGUUCACCUCGUCAUUCUGCCAAACUGGGCUGGUCAUCUAGUCUAGAGCCGCCGUAAAAGCCAUGUGCAUACACUUUGAAUAUAGACACGAUAUCCAUACGGCCUAAUAUACAUGCCAC